UCCUUCUCUGUGUAUUGGCCCGUGCUGUUAAUUUACGUUUUCAUUCCACCUACUACAAACUAACUACACAUGAACUCUGCUCCCAAAACAUCCCAGGUAUAUAAGAAUAUGAAAAAAGGAGUCUAGGGAUUUGAACAGAAAGUUCUCUUCCAGAAACUGAGAAAGGAUUUUUUCCCUAAGAAAAAAAAGGAAAGGUUUUUAGACGCUGAAGAGUGAGACUGCGGAGAUCUGCUUCAGAGACUGCAACAAUGCAGAUGAUACCUGUUUGGUGCGCUGUGAUACUUAUCCUACCUUUCAUGCAAUCAGCCCCUCCUGUACAGCAAGACACGGUUUAUGAUUAUGAUGUUUUGGAUAUGCUUGAGGGACAGCUGUUUAAGCAACACUUUGAAAGGGAAGCACAGAAAAAUGAGGAAAAUGGUCUCAUAAUUGCAUCUAAACAGAGAAAUAAAAGAGAUGAUGAUGAUACUAAAGAAACUACGGAUGCCAAAGAUUUACCCACAUGUCUGGCUUGUGUUUGCCUCAGUGGAUCUGUGUACUGUGAAGAAACAGAUAUGGAGGAAAUACCUCCUUUGCCGAAAGAGACAGCAUACCUUUAUGCACGUUUUAACAAAAUUAAGAAGGUCACUGCAAAAGACUUCGCUGAUUUCCCUACAUUAAAGAGAAUCGAUUUAACUGGCAAUGAGAUAUCAGAAAUUGAAGAUAAAGCUUUUGAAAAGUUAGUUUUACUGGAACAGCUUUCACUCGCAGAAAACAAACUCACACGGAUUCCAGCUUUACCUACAAAGCUGACCUCAUUCAACGCAAACCACAACCUCAUUAAGAGCAAAGCAAUUAAAGCAAAUGCUUUCAAGAAAAUGACCAAUUUAGCUUACCUCUACUUGGCUAACAAUCAGCUGGAAAGUGUACCACAGAACCUGCCAGAGAGCCUACGUGUCAUUCACCUACAGUUCAACAAUAUCACUUCAAUCACAGAUGACACAUUCUGCAAAUCUAACAACACAUAUUAUGUUCGAACCAAGCUAGAUGAAGUUCGACUGGAUGGAAACCCUGUCAUCCUGGGAAAGUAUCCCAACAGUUUCACCUGCCUGAGAACUUUGCCAUCAGGCUCUUACUUUAAAUAGUAUGGCUUAAUGUGCUACCAUUUCCUUCUUCUUAUAUAUCUUGCAAUGCUGAAAUAAAGCCCUUUAUUAACUAACAAACAAUUAAGAAAAAAUAAAAAAAAGGCAAAUUUUUAGUUAGUUGGCCAUACCUUUGAUUUCAUUAAUGCCUUGUAAACAGUUACUGUAGCAAAGGUGGAGAGAAGACACUUUGUAAAGUAAACGCAUAACAGUACAGGAAGGACGGUUUCAGUGAUGUCAUAGUAACAAUGAGGUUUAGAAAGUUAACAACCUAGUCCAUUAUAUGUGGGUUAGAAAUUUAUAUAAACAAGGGACUUCCAUCUAUAAAAGUGCAUCUCAAACGUUC